AUGUACAAAACCGAUGAAAAUUUCUACGACGAAAAUGAAGAUCAGUAUUGUAUUUAUCAUUACACACUCGAUAGCACAAAAGAUUUGAUUUUAUCAUCACGUUCUUUCUAUACAUAUUGUAUUCGAACAAAUGAAACUUAUUUAGAAUCUCACAGACCUAAUUCUCCAAUAAGUUUCAAUGAAUUGCGUCAACGUGGUAUAACACAUUAUGAAUUACUUACCUGGUCAGCGCCAAUUGAUAUUGUUGAAGAUUAUCAAAUAUAUUUAAUGAAUAUUUCACAAAAUAUAUCGAUUUUAGGUCUGAAACAUUUCUAUAAUUGUACAUGGCCUUUGUUUGGACCUUCAUGCCAAUUGAAAUUCGAAAUUGAACAUAAAUCAAUUGAUGAUCUUAUUAUAAAAUCACUUCGUCAAUUUGGAGAUGAAGAUGACCAAGAAUAUUUAACAAAACCGACAUCAUGUUAUAUACAUUUAUCAUGUAAUUACAUUUAUCCCUAUCCAUUGUGUUUAGAUUGGCGUGAAAUUUGCGAUGGAAUAAUUCAUUGUUUAAAUGAUGCUAUUGAUGAACAAUUUUGUUUUGAACUGGAAUUAAACGAAUGUACACAUUCUGAUGAAUAUCGUUGUCACAAUGGAGCACAAUGUAUUUCUUCUGGAUUUUGGCAUGAUGAUCCAUAUCAUCCCGAUUGUCUUGAUCGUUCGGAUGAAUUUUUGGAUUAUUCACGAGAUUGUUAUAUUAAUUCAGUGAUUGCAUGUGAAGAACAUACAUGUCGAGCAGAUUCGAAUGCAUUUGUUUGUGGAGAUGGAUCUUGUGAUGAUUUUUUUGAUUGUCGAAAUGGACGAAGUGAACAAUUAGAUAUUCUUUGGAAUGAAAAACCAAUCGAUCAAAUACUCGGGAAAGAAUGUUGGAAAUUAAUCAGUUGUCUCGCAAGGAUUAAUACAUUCGAAGAUUGUGAUUGUAUUCAAUUCGAUUCAUGUAGUAGAUCUAUAAGACUUAGUUGUCCAGAAUUAUUUCGUUAUCCGUCGUAUCCUGUUGCACUUGGUCAUAUCUAUUUUUUCUAUACAAAUACACAAAGAAAUUAUUAUCAACCAAGGGAAUUUGUCUCUCCAGUCUAUGUUUGCUUUAAUAAAACAUUAUGCCCAUUUUUCAACAAGACCGUUCGUAUAACAUUAGAUAAUCAAACGUUCUUCACUUGUCACAAUCAACCAGAUUUACCUAUUCGAAAUCAUGAUCAAAUUCGUUCAUGGCAUCAUUUUCGAAAAGCUGUGGAAACUUUUUAUUCAGCUAAUUGUAUGACAUAUGAUCAAGUGAAUAGAUAUAUGAAAAACGAUUGUGAUUCACAUUCUCAGUUGUAUCAAUGUCUGCAAUCUGAUAAAUGUGUCUCAAAACAUCGUCUUCUUGAUUCAAUACAAGAUUGUCCAUUAAAUGAUGAUGAAACUUAUGAACAUAGUUGUGCGUUAACUUAUAACAAAUAUCGUUUUCAGUGUAGAAAUAAUGAAACAUUGAAAUGUAUUUCUCCACUUCUCUAUGCUCAUACUGAAUAUGAUUGUUUAACUCGAAAAGUUAGUUCAGAUCAUGAAAAUGGUAUUGAAAAAACCAACAUAAAUACAAUGAUUUCAUUUGCAACAUUAUGUGAUGGACUUGAAGAUCAUCGUCCACUGAUAAUGGAUGAUCAAACAAUAGAGACAGAUGAAACAAAUUGUGAUUAUCAUAUAUGGCCUUGUAAUACUACAUAUACUCAUUGUGAUGGGUAUUGGAAUUGUGAUAACGGUUUAGAUGAAGUUGGUUGUUCAUCAAAUUUAAUUUCUUCUUCAUUGAAUUUAUCUUGUCAACCAAUGCAACAUAUUUGUAUAUCAUCUAUUACACUCACACCGAUAUGUUUAAAUAUAACGUUGGUAAAUGAUAAUUUUAUUGAUUGUCUAGGUGCAUUCGAUGAAAGGCAUCUAUGUCGAAAUAAAUUCAAUAAUCCUACUCAACGUUAUCGAUGUUCAGAAGAAGAGCAUUGUUAUAAUCCUAAUGUUGUAUGUGAUGGAAAGUCGGACUGUUGGAAUGACGAAGAUGAACGUCUUUGCGAUUACAUUACCAAUAAAUAUGGAAUGAAUGAAUAUUUUACUUGGACUAGUGAACAUGUAACUUGUUCGAAAGAUAUGGCAAGAUAUAAGUUAUAUGUUUUUGAAAUACUUUGUAGUCUUGAUCAAACGCGAAAACGAAAUAUUGUUCAUUUUACUUUGGAUUCUUCGACGGUGUAUCCAAAUGUUUUAGAAACAUCGAAAAAUUCAAAAUCGACAGAUAAUUCUUUGUCAAUGUAUGAACUAUUGUCAGAUUCUAAAUUAAAAAGUCACUAUUCGAAUUUUCCAACUUAUCAUCGCUUAUGCAAUCGUGGUAUACCAAUACAAACUGGACGAAUAUCCACAUGUUUGUGUCCACCAAGUUAUUAUGGAGAUAAAUGUGAAUAUCAAAGUCAACGAGUAACUGUAACUCUUCAAUGUGGAACAAAAAUAGAAUGGCGAAUGAUCUUUCUCAUCGGAAUAACAUUAAUUGAUAAUGAUUCAAUUGUUCAUUCAUUUGAACAAUUUGUCUAUACAGCUGUACAUGAUUGUCGGACGAAAUUUACAACUUAUUUUUUAUAUAACUCACGAUCGAAAGAUCAAAAAAAAGAAUAUUCUAUACGAAUUGAUGUUUAUGCUGGUAAUACAUCGAAUUAUCGAUCAAGUUGGUUAUAUCCAAUUAAAUUUCCAUUUUUACCAGUACAUCGAAUGCCUAUUCAAAUAAUAAUUCCUUCACUAUCAAUCAAUGCAAAUUCUCAUUCUUCUAUUUGCGGCAAUCAUGGAACUUUAAAACGAUAUGUUACCAAUGGUGAAACAUUUUGUCAUUGUAAUUCAGGAUGGCGAGGAAUUCGAUGUGAUAUUCCAUAUCAAUGUCAUUGUUCACCAGAUUCAAUUUGUAUGGGAACAUCAACUUCAUGUUUAUGUCCAGUGCAUAAAUUUGGUACACGUUGUUAUCUCGAAUAUGAUGUUUGUAAAUCAAAUUUAUCAUCACCAUGUUUUAAUAAUGGAAUAUGUAUUCCUACAGAUAGAAGAUUUGUCGACGCAAAGAAAAAAUUUACAUGUUCAUGUCCGGACGGAUUUUCAGGUGAUCAAUGUGAAUUCAAUAGUUCACGAAUUGAAAUUGAUUUCGACGAAGAAUUGAAUUUACUACAUAAAAAAGUAGCUGCACAUUUUAUAACAGUCUAUGCAAAUACAAGUCAUAAACACGCCACUCACGACUUUUCGUUCGCACCGGUUAGUCGCGUACAUAUCGAUUCUUACGUUCUUCUUCGUAUCUUAUCUUCAUCUUUAUCCUUAUCCCUUGCUGUGAUGAAUAAUCACAACGAGGGGUAUGAGUCACCAGUGGCGUCAGAUCAGUUUCAUCAAAUCUCCCCACUGCAAAUCCGAAAGCAGAACAACGAAUGGACGACUAACAAACGUCCAAGAANCUUUCACCAAUAUGUUCAUUAUUAA